AUGACCCCGCUCAUGGAUGAACACGAGAACGGAUGCUAUGUAAGUUGCUCGAGCUACCGUAAUCCUUCUGACUUUUUCUUUUCCUAUCAAACACUUUCAAAACGAUUUCUCUAGGUUUGAAAAGUAGUUGAAUUUUUCUUUAAUUAGAAACAAUCUGAGCCUGAUUCCUUCUACAGUAAUCGUAUGAAUAAUUUCGCGUUCCCCAUCAUUCAAUGUUUCUCGCACCAACUGUACGAUUUAGUACUUUUGGUGACUCAUCUGCACACAACAUACUGUACAAUUCCAGAGCAUCACCUCAAGCUACGAUGCGAUGGAAGUGGAAGAUCUGCCGGAUCCGCCAGAGUUCGAGCCCAACUUUCCGCAUUACACUGACCGGGAUCGCGAGGUCGUGAUCGUUCUUCCUCAGGAUCAGCUCCGAUACUUCUAUCGUCUGGCAAUCCUUGUGGUCAGACAACUCGACAACAGCCGACUCGUCUACGAAGCGGAUCAUGAGGACGACUGGGUCAAGCUCUCCAUCGGAAACGUCGAAAUCACGCUCUAUCUGGAGUACGGCGAGAGAGAGAGCUACAUGAGUUGCAGUGUGCUCCGCAAUUUCAUCGGCCUCCCGGGAGUUUCGUACGCGGUGUCGGCCGGACGGCUCUUGAGCGAGAUCCUGAGACAGCUCAACUGGCAGGUCGCCUCGUUCUUCCCAAAGUCCGAGCUGCUGGUGGUCGGCUUUCCGACGAGACCGUUCUCGGCGAACGUGAUCAAGUUCGAGGCGGACAACCCGCGAUCGCUCGUCAUCAUGGACGUCUGGAUGCGGCAAAUCGUCGAGGGUUUCCUGGUGCACAUUGGAGAGGUGCACUCGGCCGAGGCUGAGAUGCGAGCCAUCCACAUCUACCGAAAGCACGUGAGUGGAGCGUUUAUUUAUUUUCAGAUUGGGAGCCUGCCAGAGGAAAUGAAUAUGAAAUAUGCAGUGGGCGGGGCGCGCCAAUGAAGAAGCUCAGUUACCAAAGUACAUUCUGAAUUUGCAGUUCGAAUUUCGUGCCCUCGGAUGGCAAUGCCCGCCGCACAUGAUCGCGAGGACGCAGCAGAUCCGUGUGAACCUCCGCGAACUGAACAUGAUCAACUGCGACUUCGCUACGGCGCUCUACUUCCGCUGGAUCAAGGGAUGGAUGAAGGGCGAGGAGGAGAUGAAGCAUCUCAACGAGGUCUAUCUCUGUCGCGACGAGGCUGAGAUCAACGAGAACACUGUGAGGCUCUACCUGAGAAUCCCGACUCUUAACGGAUCAAAAGACAUUGUUCUGAGAAACGUGCACGGAAUGAAGGCCUGGUUCCGGCUUCUGGGCAGUGGAUGCGUCCUGUUCGAGGCGCUGGCGGAGGAACCAGAGGAAAAGAAGAUCAAAGGUAUUGGGAUGGAUCAAUAGAUUCUGGAUCAACUUGCAUUAUUUUCAGAGAUUGCAUACUCGCUCGAACAAGCCGCGAUCACGGGCGAUAACAAUGUUGGAUUCCAAGAGUUCACCGUCGAGUACAAGCUUCUCGGUGAGUUUCCGUUUUCGUCGACUUGUCUCUAUAAAAGUGCAAUUUCCAGAAUACGCCUGCAACUUCGGCGUUUCGAAUCAGUCCAAGAACACUGACGAGCGUCUCACGAAUCUCGUCAAAGAGUUCAGCGAGAAAAGGAUGGUCGGAGAGCGGUGA